UGAAGUGUUUGCUCGUGCCUCGUUCGCCCGUUCGCUCGUUUCGUUUAUCGUUUUCGUGUGCUCACACACUACGUAUUACGUAUACGGUGCGCGUCGCGUUUGCAACAGUAAUAAACAGCAACUGCGCUCUAACAACAACAACAACAUCAACAAUUCUACAUUAAUAAACAGCGGCAAGCGACAAGCCCAGCUACAAAAAUCGCGUCGGCAAAAGCGCGCAAAAAUUUACCUAACAACAAAUUAGUGCUGAAUCAAACAAAACAAACCAGAAGAAAACAUAAACAAAACAAAUGUGUGACUAACAAAUGUGUGCAAAAUCCCACGCAGUGUUGCAAAACGCGCGCAUAAACAUGUGUUGAGAAGCGUCAAAUAAUAAAUAUAAAUAACGGCAAUUAUUCAACACUUUCGAGCUUAAGAGCAAGAGAGUGCAAAGCAGAAGCAGAAGCAGCAGCAGCAGAAGCAGGAGCAGGAGCACAGAGAUCUUGAUUCUCUGUAGAAUUUUGCGCGCCCCACGUACUACGUAAAAAACAUUCAAAAUUAUACUCGAAAUGGAUAUGACCUCAACAGCGGAGGCUGCCGCUCGCAGCUGGUACGACAGUCCGCGCUUAGGCGGCGGCGGCGGCGGUGGCGGCGGCGGUUCGCCCCAAACAAAUGGCCUGGGCAGCGCCGGCAGCAGCCUGGCCCAUAGCCAUCACAGCCUGUCCAGCGGCGCCUCAUCGGCGGGCAGCAGCGUUGGUGCCGCUUUGGGCGGCGGUGCUGGCGGCGCCGGCCUCGGACUGGAUACCAGCGACAUGAGCGCCUUCUAUGCGCUCGAAAGCAAUGGACACCAUCGACGCUACUAUCCCAGCUAUCAUCAGCACACAUCCCGCAUGCCCUCCUCACAUGCCACGUCCCAAGUGUGCCGGCCGCACUUUCAUCCGCCGCUCAGUCCCUGGCUAACCAGCGAACACAAAUCGUUUGCACCCGCCAGCGCUUGGGGCAUGGGUCAGUUCGCCUGCCCCCAGGAGCCGCAGGUGGAGCACAAACUGGGCCAGGUGGGCCAAAGCCACCAGACGACGGCGGCCGGCCAGCAUUCGUUUCCAUUCCCACCGACACCGCCAAAGGACUCCACGCCCGACUCAGUACAAACCGGCCCGUCCGAGUACCAGGCCGUGAUGAACGCCUUCAUGCAUCAGCAGGCCACGGGCUCUACCUCACUGACGGACGCCAGCUGUGCGCUGGACAUCAAGCCCUCCAUACAGAAUGGCGGCGCAGCUGCAGCGCAUGCGGCCAGCGCUGGACCGGCGCAAUCGUCUGCGCCCAAGCAGCGCGAAGGUAGUACUAACAACAACAACAAUAAUACAAAUAGCUCAAAUAGCAGCAGCAACGGCAGCAGCGGCGGCAACCAAGCGCCGCAGCAGCAGCAGCAGCAACAGCAGCAGCAGCAGCAAAGCAACAACAGCAAUGCCUCCUCAUCCGCCUCCGCCUCGACGUCGAACGGUCUUUUCGAUGGCACCGCCCAGGCGCAUUACGUGGCAAACAAUGCCAACAGCUACGACAGCAGCUAUGCCUCGUAUCACCAUGCGGCGGCGCAGCAUCAGGCGGCUGUUGCCGCAGCCAACAUGUUCCAAAGUUCCUCCGUGGCAGCGGCCGCUGUGCGGCAUAGCAUGGGUGCCGCAGCGGCGGCGGCGGCGCACCAUCAUCACCAUCACAGUCAUAGUCAUCAUCACGGUGCGUCCGGCUCCGCGUCCGGCAGCGGCAUUGCGGGGCUGCAUGGCAGCGGCGGUGGCAGCGGCAGCGGCGGGGGCGGUGGCAUUGGCAUGAGCGGCAUGGGCAGCGCCAUGAGCAGCGGCGGUCACAGCAGCUCCAGUGGUGGUGGCGCUGGCGGCGUCGGACUCGAUGUGAAGCCCGUGCGCACAAAGCCCCGGACCAGUGCUGAGGGUCGCGAGUGUGUGAACUGUGGCGCCACCUCCACGCCGCUGUGGCGACGCGACGGCACUGGACAUUAUCUGUGCAAUGCCUGUGGCCUGUACUACAAAAUGAACGGACAGAAUCGACCGCUGAUCAAGCCAAAGCGAAGACUGACACUACAGUCGCUGCAGAGCGCGGCCAAGCGGGCGGGCACAUCCUGCGCCAAUUGCAAGACCACAACCACAACCCUUUGGCGGCGCAAUGCCAGCGGCGAGCCCGUGUGCAAUGCCUGCGGAUUGUACUACAAGCUGCACAAUGUCAAUCGUCCACUUACCAUGAAAAAGGAGGGCAUACAAACGCGUAAUCGCAAGCUCAGCUCCAAGUCAAAGAAGAAGAAGGGCCUGGGUGGCGGCUGUCUGCCAAUUGGCGGACAUCUGGGCAUGGGCGAUUUCAAGCCGCUUGAUCCGUCCAAGGGCUUUGGCGGCGGCUUCUCGGCCUCCAUGGCGCAACAUGGACACCUUUCCAGCGGGUUGCAUCCGGCACAUGCGCAUAUGCACGGCAGCUGGUAUACCGGCGGCAUGGGCGCAUUGGGCGCCUCCGGUGGACUCCAGGGUGGCUUCUCCACGGCGGGUUCACUGGGCGGCGGCGUUGUGCCACACUCUCAGCCCUAUCACUUGGGUCUCAGCUCGAUGGGCACCUGGCGCACUGACUACACGUGAUGGAGCGGGAACAAUUUGAACAACAACUUGUUCAGCUAGAGCAGCGCCGAUUUGUAAACUGACUUGAUUUCCAAACAAACACAAUGCCAAACUGAGGACUCUCCCUUCGCAGCCAUUUGACCAGAGCACAAGCAACAGCAGCAGCAGAAACAGGAGCAGGAGCAGCGCGUCAGAACCUUCAAGCAGGCAGGAGCCACAUCUGGAGAUCUCCUAGCUUAUCUUUGCGGGAAGUGCGGGCGGUGUGCUCGCUGGUCAAGUGCUGGCUAUUCCUAAUUGUAAACAUUGCGUGCAAUUUUUAAUUAUUUAAGUUUUCGUCGUUGUCGGCCAGCAGCUAAAACAAAGCCCAUUAAAAUUAAUUAAAGGGCCGCACAUAUUAUUUUUAUUGCGAUCGUUUGUGUGUGUGUAUGUGUGUGUAUGUGUAUGUGUGUGUGUGUGUGAUUGUGUGUAUUCAUUGUUUUAUUUUUCGCUUAAUUAAUUUAAUUUCUUGACGCAAUUUCGGCGUAUUUAAUUGUGCUUUAUGAACUGCCAUAAAAUCAGCAAAAAUAUACAAAAUAAAAUUAUUAAAAAAAUACAAAUUAAAUAAAAACAAAAGCCCGACAAACGGAAUUUCAUAAAUAUUAAUAUGUAUAUAUGUAUGUAUAUCUCUAACUGAAAACAAGAGCAGCAACAAAAGCAACAACAAGCACACAGAAACUAACGAUAACUAAGCAUUAAUAUUAAUUCAUUAAAUGCACGUCCAAAAAUAAAAAAAACAAAAACAAAGUAAAAAAAAACACGCAUAAAAACGGAAAAACUGUUUAGUAUAAAGCAACUGCAAAAUGUUUGUCCUAUUACGCAAUGCAAUUGUAAAUUGCAAAAUACUUUAAACUGUAAAUUAGUUAAAUUAUUAGACAUUAAACAAACAGACGUGAUAAACAAAAAGAAAAAACAUAAAUUUAAACAAUUUAAUAAAUGUAAAAUUAACUUUUAAUAACACAUACUUAACCUAAUAGCAAGGCAAAGAGAUGGAAGAAAAAACAAAAUGAAGUCAAAUGGUAGGACAGUGUAUGUACUAUAAGGCAUACAUACACACAUACAUAUACACACAAGCCCAUACUAUAUGUACAUAUAAAUGUUCAAUGUUUAUGGCUAAGUCUUAAAAAUAAACAUAAAAUACAUUUAAAUCAAUUCAAUGUUAAAGGCAAUUUGUAAAAUAUGAGAAAAAAAA